UAUAUUCAGUAUUUGUGAAAGGUUGUUGUGUUUCUGAUGGUCUUUCAUCAUCUGUUCUUCACUAGAUCUACUAGAUCAUCUGAGGGAUUUGACUGGAUCAAGAUGCUGCUAAUCAUUGAAGCUCUUCUUCUCAUUUUAGCUGCUCUAGGACAGGAUCACAGCGCUGCUAAAGUUGAAGGACCGAUAUAUCCAUUGGAUAUGGCACUGAAUUCUGUCGAUGAUCAAUAUAAGGGCUGCACAGGAAAAAUGGAGCGUUUGGUGAAGACCAAAUAUCUGAAGAAGGAACUUGAUAACUCAAAUGAUUUUAGAAAUGCUUGGAAACUUAGUGAAAAGAAUAUUUCAUUUUGGAACAUUGCCAGCAAAUUAAAAAGAACACAUAAAAUUGCCAUCUCUGUGUACACUCACCCAACUUCUAAAAUAUAUCUUAAAUUCAACAAUGACACUCGUAAUGGCAAACAAAACUACACAGACAUGACAUACAAAUGGUAUUCACUUCAAUUUUUGUUAACAGAUGCGAUACAGAUUCUAAAGAAAACACAAAAUGCAUGCUUUAAAACUUUCCGUGGUACAAAUGUUAUAUUUAAUGGGAAUGUUUCUACAGAAAUUCGUUUUGGCUCAUUUACAUCCUCCUCUGAAUAUCGUUCAAGAGCAAAAGUAUUUGGAAAUGUAUCUUGUUUUGAAAUAUACACUUGUGAAGGUGCUAAUGUGACUAAAUACUCAAAGGUUUCUUAUGAGGGAGAGGUGCUGAUUCCUCCAUAUGAGAAGUUUAUGGUCACUGCUGUCAAGACAAGAGGUGAGCAGAAAGGUCUCUGGUGUGAUACUGUGAACACUUUGAAUAGCACUGGAACAAGAAGUGACCUAAACUGUGCUCUAUUCAAGAAACCAUCCAAGACCAAAACAAAGUACUAUGCGCUGAACAAUGUGCUUUGAAUUUACACAAUAUAAUUAUGUACAUCAG